CCGAUGAAGAAGAAGAGGUUGCUCGUGUUCUCGGGGGCUAAAAACAAAACAAAACAAAAUGGCGGCGCCCUCAAGUGUUUCGAGUUGACGCUUUAACCGACGUUUGUGUUUCCCUCUGAAGCUGAAACGACCUUUUGAGGUAAAGAUGGAGGCCGCAGGAGAAGAAGAACCGGACCGGAUCAGGCUGAAGUCCAUCAAGAACAACCAGACCUUCACGGUGCCUCAGAGCGACCGGUUCGGAAGCUGCAGGAGCGUCCGAGAGUUUGAGAAGUUCAACCGGAUUGGAGAAGGAACCUACGGCAUCGUGUACCGAGCCCGGGACACCAAGUCCGAUGAGAUUGUGGCUUUGAAAAAGGUCCGAAUGGACAAAGAGAAAGACGGCGUCCCCAUCAGCAGCCUGAGAGAGAUCACCCUGCUGCUGAGGCUGAGACAUCCCAACAUAGUGGAACUGAAGGAGGUGGUCGUGGGCAGCCAGCUGGAGAGUCUGUUCCUGGUGAUGAGUUACUGUGAACAGGACCUGGCCAGUUUGCUGGAGAACAUGCAGACACCGUUCUCUGAGGCUCAGGUGAAAUGCAUUGUCCUACAGCUGCUCCGAGGUUUGGAGUAUCUCCACCACAACUUUAUUAUACACAGGGACCUGAAGGUGUCUAAUCUGCUGAUGACAGACAAAGGCUGCGUGAAGAUCGCUGAUUUCGGGUUGGCCAGGAUGUACGGUAUCCCACAGCAGCCCAUGACCCCCAGAGUGGUCACACUGUGGUACAGAAGCCCAGAGCUCCUCCUAGGGACCAAGAGCCAAACUACAGCUCUGGACAUGUGGGCGGUCGGCUGCAUCCUGGCUGAGCUGCUGGCUCACAAGCCUCUGCUGCCUGGAACCUCUGAGAUCCAGCAGGUGGACCUGGUCGUCCAGCUGCUGGGAACGCCCAAUGAAAACAUCUGGCCGGGUUUCUCUCAGCUGCCCCUCGUGGGUCAGUACAGUCUGAGGAAGCAGCCGUACAACAACCUGAAGAAUAAGUUCACCUGGUUGUCUGAGGCUGGACACAGACUGCUCAACCUGCUCUUCAUGUACAACCCACAGCGCAGAGCGACAGCCACAGACAGUUUGGAGAGUUCGUACUUCAAAGAGAAGCCUCUCCCCUGUGAACCGGAGCUGAUGCCCACCUUCCCGCACCAUCGCAACAAACGAGCGGCUCCUCGAGCAGAGAGCCACAGCAAACGCAGCAAAGUAUGAAGAGGAUGAAGAGGAUGAAGAGGAUGAUGAUGACGUGGUUCCUCCGGCCACACGAGGAACCUGGAUCUGCUCCUCAGGACGUUUCAGUGGAUCAAGGACGAUUCAGAUUCAAAACAUUCACACAGAUCAGAGCCGGACUGAAGUGAUCAGUAGAACUGUGACCUGCUUAUCAGAACAAUAUAAAUAUCUUCAAUGCUUCUGGAUCAGUUCUUAAAUCCAUAAAGCUGCCAAUGUCUGUGCUUGAAGGAAACUGGACUUUACAAACAGGCCGAUGUGUUCUCCUCUCGUUUGGACCUGAACAUCAAAACGAUCAGUCUGUGAAGCAGGAAGUCGCUCGGACUCGACCUGGAUCUGGAUCUGCGUGGAGAGUUUUCAAAAUCAUUCAUCGGGAACCAGAUCUGUUGAUUCAUGAGGGAAACUGGAAGUAAGAGCAGAUCUCAGGUCUGAUCUGAUCGUCAGUGACCAGCUCCCGUGUCAAAGUGUCCUUGAAGUCAUUUAUUCUGUUUGUGGAGGAUGUGUUCAGGGACAUCGUGGAGCUGUAGGUCAUCUGAGUUUUAUCAGUUCACCUGCUUCUGUCCAACAAGGCCCUGUUCACACCUGGAGUUAACAUCUGUCCCCUGUGAUCCUAACACAGAGGGCAGCUCUAGGUUCAGGUGGGAAUGGACCCAAGACGUAUUGAGGAUACAUCUGCUGAUCUGAAAUACUUUUACUUCAUUUCUGGAUAGUGACAGGAAGUAAAGCAUCUUUGUUUACAGUCUUUGUUUCUAUGGUGUUGAACUUUUCCUUUAAGAGCCUGAAACUGUAAUUUACUGUAAAUAAACUGUAAAUAAACUGUGGCCUCGUCAGUAGAAUCA